GAAGGUUAAGGCGGUCUCCCUCUCUGCGCCUGCUAACUUCUCCCGUCCCUUUCUGAAGGUUCGCCCUCAUCAUCUCUCAUCAGCAAUGAAAGAAGAGGGGAUUAUUUCAACAAAGCUGUUUUUCACACUUACAGCUCUGUCCUGCUGCAGAGGCUUGCAGGUCUCUGUUCCACAGCAGGAAUAUGAGGUUGCAAGAGGACAGGACGUCACCUUGACAUGUUCGUUUGUCCCGGCCAGCCCCGACUUCAGUAACCUGGUCCUCACAUGGGAGGCUCUGACUGUCAACGAGGACCCAGUGAGACUCGUGGCCACCUACUUCCUCAACAGUCCGGCAGACAUUGCUCCUCAAUAUGAAGGCAAGGCAUCUUUGACUGUGGACGUCAACAGGGGAGAGAGCAGCCUGGUCCUGAGACAGGUCACGCAGCAGGACAGCCGUAGUUAUGAGUGCAGGGUCUUGAUCCCCAACGACAACGAGGGAACCACGUUCGCAGUCACCUCCCUUUUGGUCCUGGUGGCCCCCUCCACGCCCGUCUGCCAGAUCCAGGGCACAGCAGAGUAUUGGCAUGACAUUACACUUACCUGUGUGUCUGAGGAGGGAUCUCCAACACCUACCUACAAAUGGACGCCGUACAGUUUCCAGGGCAUCCGCAGACCACUUCCACCCCGGGCCACUGAAAAGGGCGGAGCUCUGUCGCUCGUCAAUAUUUCAAUGGAGACGUCUGGAUACUACAUCUGCACGUCAACCAAUCGAAUUGGCUCAGCCAGUUACAACUUAACCUUAUCCGUCAUGCCCCCCAACAUGAACAUGGGGUCCACUGCAGGCAUCAUCGGGGGGGUUUUAGCAGGUAUCCUCGUCCUGGCGGUUGUUAUCUACUGCUGCUGCCGGAAGAGAGCCAACAAAGCCAAACAUGCUCGAGAGUCCCCGGAAACAGUCGAGUAUCAUGACAAAGCCCCAGGUGAGGCUGAAAACCAGUACUGGGAUGACAAGUCAAAGGUCCAGUCUCUGCCUGCUGUUGAACUGCAGAACCUGAGCCAAGAGAAAGAUGCCCCUCAACAAAGCAAAUACAGAGAAAACGGGGACGGGCCUGCUGGAUAUGAGGAUGGCCAACAUGGUUAUGAUAUCCGUAAAGAGAGGCAUGAGGGCCAGGGCAGUGACGUUGACCAACGGCGUGGGAGUCGCGAUCGCCUUGACGACAGUGGUCGCUACGGUGGGAGUCGCGACCGUCUUGACGACCGUGGUCGCUACGGUGGGAGCCGCGAUCACCUUGACAACAGUGGUCGCUACGGUGGGAGCCGCGAUCACCUUGACAACAGUGGCCGCUACGGUGGGAGCCGCGAUCACCUUGACAACAGUGGUCGCUAUGGUGGGAGCCGCGAUCACCUUGACAACAGUGGUCGCUACGGUGGGAGUCGCGAUCGCCUUGACGACCGUGGUCGCUACAGCGGGAGUCGUGAACGCCUUGAUGUGUAAUUGACAUGAUUGCUGUGUCAGUCAUGGCAGUCGUGACCUCACUUUGGUGAGAGCCAUGAUCAUUAGUUUGGUAGGGUAACCGAAAUUAAUGUGACUAAGCUUGUCAUGUUACUGAAUGUGGCAUGGGAUAUCCCAAGUGUCACUUAGUGCUGCAUUGCAAAAAGUUCGUGGUAGCCUAUAUGUCGACAUCAAGUGUCACCAAAACACUGCUUUAAAAAGCAGCCAUCUCAAGGCUAUGCAGAGGAGUGUUGGGCCUGUGCAGAGCAAAUCAAGAUUACCCAUAAUUCCAAUCAGGUGACAGCCACACUAAAAUAACCCAGUAUACCUUCCAAACUUGAGCUGAACCUUACUGGUAACCACACAGUACUAACAUUAAACCAGUUCAUCUUGGCUUAAAUUGGAAAGUCAAAUCAUCUUUAGUAUCAUGUCUCUUUGUGUCAAAGGUUUCAACUGCCACAUAAGGUUUAUGUAGUAACAAUAAAAUGUCAUCUGAAUAUAUGAUUAGUUAAUAUGAACAGUAAUAGCCUCCUGCCAUGUCUGGUGGAUGAAAUGUCAACCCUCGUCAAAUGUGGCCUAAGCAGUCAGAGAAAACCCCAAAAUCUGAAUUUACCACCGAAAGUUUGCCUCCAAAGAUAGACGGCGUGAUAUCAACAUGCUCGUCACUGAACUCGGGUCUUCAGUGUUUUAUCAGCCUGAACGGGCCUACUGCUUUCACAGGUUCACUCGUGUUUUCAGUCAUAUCGGUUUAUUAUUUUGGGCAUAGAGUCCAAUUUUUGUGGCUGUGGCUGAAAUUCCACAAUUAUAUUUCUUUUAUCUCUAGCGAAGAAAUCACUACAAACUACCACUGCAGUCCCAAUUAAAUUCAAAUUGUCUCUACACUUUGGAAUUAAUUCUGACCACCCCCAGAAGGUCAAAAAGUGGACGAGGUCUCAGGGUGUUUGCAUUUUAUUUUACGAGCAAUUGUAUUCAAACAGCUAUUGCAGCCGGCUUUAUUUUGCCAUUGUUCUCUUUUGGUUAAAGCUACAGUGCCAUUGUCACUGAAAUGUAUGGCCCAGAUUAUGUUUGCCCAUUAAAUACUAUGGUAAACUAAACCGGGCAAUGCUGAGUUAACCAAACUGGGCCUGGGCCGCCUGCAAGUCAGCUAGGUUUGGGUUAAGUCUCUUCUUUGAUAUCUUUAUUAUAGAUUUUUGAUAUUCUUUGAUAGUGAUGACAUCUUUUGCAAGAUAAAUCUUUGUCUACUGAAUGUGUUUUGUUGUUGUUGUAUGUUUGUGUGUGUGUUGUUUGGAGAGAAGGCCCUGUUGCUAAUCAGUGCUUGAAUACAAUGUUGAUGAUUUUAUAAAGUGUUGUCGUUCCAUAAUGAAUUUGAAUUUAAAUAAAAGUAAACAUUUUCUUAAAUC